AUGCCCCGCGCCGAGCCGCCGCGGUUGCCCGGCAACGAACGGUCCUUGUCGCUGGUCGCGUGGGGCUCCGCCCGGCCAUGGGGCCGCAGGGCCUCCUGCCGCUCCUGCUUAUGCUCCUGGAUUGCUGGGCCUCCGUGAGCGCCCAGACCAGGGCAACUCCGCCUGUGACGACGGAAGGACUCAACUCUACGCAGGCAGCCCGGACGACUCCCCGACCCGCCUUGUCUCUUAGGCCCCCUGGAACCCCCAAGGCCUCUGUGCCCUCUUCUGGCCCCAGGCCCACCCCGGUCACGGACGUUGCUGCUCUGUGUGUCUGUGACCUGACUCCAGCACAGUGUGACGUCAACUGCUGUUGUGAUCCUGAUUGCAGCUCCAUGGAUUUCAGUGUCUUUUCUGCCUGUUCAGUUCCGAUUGUCAUGGGCGAUAGUCAGUUUUGUAGUCAGAAAGCAGCCAUCUACUCAUUGAAUUUUACAGCAAAUCCACCUCAAAGGGUAUUUAAACUUGUCAACCGGAUUAAUCCAUCUAUAUUCUGCAUUCAUAUUACAAACUAUAAACCCGCGUUAUCCUUUAUUAAUCCAGAAGUGCCUGAUGAAAAUAAUUUUGAUAAAUUGAUGAAAAAAUCUGAUGGUUUUGCCUUGAGUUCAGAAUCAGAGAUUUCUUUCGCAACCCAGUCGGACAUUCCAGCUACUGCUAAAUAUAAGAAUUCUUUGUGCUUCUCUACCUCAAAAGACGCAGCAGAGUGCUUGAGUCAUGCUUCUGGGGACACGGAGUGGAUUGGUUGGUAUGGGGCUCGUCUGCAGACUUCAGAUUCAUUUUUGAGAUUUCCUUCUCCCCUUAUGUCAUCUCUGUGCACUGAUGAUAACCCUGCAGCAUUUCUGGUGAACCAAGCUGUUAAGUGCACCAGAAGGAUAAAUUUGGAACAGUGUGAAGAAAUUGAAGCCCUGGGCAUGGCUUAUUACAGCAGCCCUAAAAUUUUGAGGGUGCCUGGUUUAAGAACAAAGGCAGAGAUCCCUAUCACUGUUCAGUCCGUCCUCAUUCAGUCUCUGAAUAAAACACUAACCCGACUGGAGGACUCGCUGGUAUUGAACCAGACUCUUGUUGAGGCUGGGGAUGUUAAAAUCUGCACUAAUGUCGUUCUUGAGGUCAAAUACAGCCUCACAUACACAGAGGCAGGUGAGAUAGCGCAGGCUGGCCUUGCUCUCCUUCUGGGGACAGUGAGCGGGCCAGUGGUUCCACUCGAGCAGAAGUUUGAAAUUCAUUUUAUUCAGCAAAAUACAAAGCCAGUUCCUCUCAGUGGAAACCCUGGUUAUGUUGUGGGGCUCCCAUUAGCUGCUGGAUUUCAGCCUCAGAAGGGAUCUGGGAUUAUUCAGACCACGAACAGAUUUGGACAACUUACUAUUCUUCGUAGCACAGCUGAGCAAGACUGCUUAGCAGUUGAGGGGAUCCGGACCCCAGUAUUAUUUGGUUAUGAUAUGCAGUCUGGCUGUAAACUAAGACUGCCCAAAGCCAUCACGUGCCAGCUCGCAGUGCAGAAAGUGAAAAGCCUCCUGAAGGGCCAAGGCUUCCCAGAUUAUGUGGCCCCUUUUGGAAAUUCCCAGGCCCAGGAUGUGCUGGACUGGGUACCGGUCCACUUCAUCACCCAGGCAUCCCACAUGAAGGAUUCUUGCCAGCUCCCGGUCGCUUUGGUGAUAGAAGUGAAGUGGACUAAAUACGGGUCCUUACUGAACCCACAAGCUAAAAUAGUAAACGUGACUGCAAGUCUCCUCUCAUCCUCCUUUCCUGAGACCAACUCAGGAAAUGAGAGGACGGUUCUCAUUUCCACUGCGGUUGCUUUUGUGGAUGCAUCUGCACCUGCGGAGGCAGGCUUCAGAGCUCAGCCAACCAUCGAUGCCAGGCUGCCGUUUGAUUUCUUCUUUCCGUUUGUUUGACAGCUAACGGGACGUGAGAGCUCAUCUGGUCUAAAACCAAGGUACAGAGACAUUAAAAACAGAGUGAAUAUUCAGCCAUAAAAAGGAAGAAGCCCUGACACGCGCCACAGCGGGAAUGCCUGGAGAAGCCACGAUGCUGAGAAAAGCAGCCGGACACAGAGCCCGCACGGCGUCUGAUUCCGCUUAUAUAAAGAGGGCAGAGAAGGCAAAUCCGUACACACAGAGCAGAUAAGCGGUUCUCAGGGGCUGGGGGCCCAUUGUUUGGUGGGUACCGGGUCGCCUUUUGGGGUGAUGGAAGCAUUCUGGAACGAGACAGUGGUGGUGGCUGAACAGCAUGUGAAAGUGCCACAUAAACGCCACUGAAUUAUUCACUUUACAAUGACCAACUUUAUGUGAAUUCCUCCUCAAGAAGAGCAAGACAGACCGACCCCGGGUCACAAAACUAUAAUGCUUGGGUCCCAGUCCUGGCCUCUGUCAACUAAUCCCCAGAACCUGAAUUUGCCGCUUUACAAGGCAGUGCUAUUUCUGAGGGGAGUCACGUCACAAAGAGAAACGCCGAGAAUUCAGGGAAGCUGGUUGAUUCCACAUCCAGAUGGGGCAAAGAGGGCCGGGCCCAACUGGAGAAUGCAGUGGUGGGGAGCGCCGGCUAUGGGGCCGCCAGCCCUGGGCCAGCUCCCGCAUUAGCCUCGACCCUGGGCACAUCUCUCAAGACCGAUGAGCCUCCGGUGUUAAUGCUAAGCUUCAACGUCCUCUUGGAGAAAAGGGGGUUGACCUCAUUUUCCACCCUAGAUUGACGGAGCAUGACAUGAGGUAACAUGUGAAGGGUACUUAUUCCAGGGCCCCGUCAUAGUGAGCAGGUAAUAAAGUGAAGCUUCUUGACCUUCACGGCUAUCGUCCCCUGGCUCAGCUACCCUCUCCACCCAUGGAUUCCACAGAGGCCCAACACACUCUAUUCUCUCCCUUGCUUGUACCAUCCUAUGUGAGAAGUGAUGGCAAUUAACUAUAUAUCAGGUCACCUAGGCUGCUUCAAACCAUGGGCACAGGUAGAGAGAAUGUAUCUGAGAAAAGGAUUCCAGAAUCCUCUUGCACGCUGAUUCUACUGGCUUGAGAUCAAACCCCUGAACUGGUAUCCCCACUCCGUGGUGGUCUCCCGGAGUCCCUCUACAAAUCUAGUCACGUCACUCCCUCCCACCCAUACAUGUAGAUUGUCCGUGGCCGCCCACUGCCCACAGAUGACCUUCUAGCACCUCCUCUCUUGCCAAGGUCUCCCUCUACUUGCUACAUGUAAGCCAUAUGGACCCUUCGCAAUUCUAGAAAUGCGGCAGAUCCUUUCCUAUCUUGGGCCCUUUGCAAACACAAUCUCUCUGCCUGGAAACUUCCUCCCUUCCACAUUUACAGAGCUCACCCCUGCCCAACCUUCAGGUGUCAGAUGAAAUGUCACCUCCUCCACCACACGUCCUCUGACACCCAAUCCUAGGUCAGGUGUCUCCCUAUCCGCAGGAUUUCUCAGAGCCCCCCUCUGUCUCCCUACAGAGGGCUUCUCUUCACUUGCAACCAGCAUCAGUCUGGGUGAUGGUUCCUGGAGUGCCUGACUCUCCACAGACCAUCGGUCCUCCGAGAGUAAGGACAGGGGUGUACCUGCCGUGCUUGCUGCUCUGUCCCCCGCACACAGAAGUAACUGCUCGAGAAAUCACUGUCCAGUGAAUGACUAAGCAUCUCUGCUUAUGUUUCAGUGGUCAAGCUGCUUCUCCAGUAGGAGUGUCCUUAGAGGCCCUGGCUCAGCGGGCAGCCCUGUGGCCCAGUCAGGAGAUGAAGGACCUCCCAGAGCAGGGAGGCCCAGGGUUCCCCUUGCAGCUGGAAGGAAACUGGCUCCUUCCUUCUGCUUCUGAAAUUGAGGGUUUGGGAUUUCAACCCCAACAACUUAAUACCACGUUUCCUUUCCUGUCACAGCCACAGAGCAACGCACAGAGCUGCGAGGCCUGCUGGGGGUGUGUGGCCUGUUUCGUUUCUCUAAGCUACAUGAAAGCGAGAAAAAGACCAAAAUAAUUUUUUUUUUUCUAUUUUACCCUGGAACAAAGUCGGUGAUGGGAGAGGCAAGGGCUGUUUCUGCUUCCAGAAGGGAAGUCAGCUCUAGGGAGGCACUGGUUUAUUUCGGUUUAGGAGGACACCUGCUACAGGGUCCCCAGAAUGGCUCCAUGGGACCCGGGCUGACGAGGGGCUGCAUGCCUGCCCAGUGUCCUGGGCCUCCUGCAUUCUCUGGGGGCCCUCAGAACAGGUUUCCAGACACCCAGGGCUGGGGGCUGAGACAGGGCCCCGCCACACUCAACCUGCAUUUUUGUCCUCCAAAGUCGGAAGAUGCCGACAAAGAACCCUUCACUGUUCUUUGAAGUCCGUGUGUCCCUCUUGUGUUCUCCCGUAAGCGCACCCAGGGGUCAGCUGUGGACUACACUAGGCAGAUCACUCCACAAAACAGGAGGCUGAAGCCCCCAGGGUGAUACUUCUGGGAGGCACAGGACCCUCUUGGCCUUUGUUCAGCUCAGGGCAGGCACUCAAUGUCUGCUGAAUGAAUGCAGGAACGUUUUCUCUGCCUCCAAUGUUUACCCUUUUGUUUACUUUUUGUGUAGGAAUAGUAAAAUCUUCAAAACAUAAAAUCUACCAUAACAAAACUGGAACCAUUUUGAAGCUGGCAUAUAGUUCAGGGGCAUCAAGCACCUUCACAAGGUGGUGCAGGCAUCACCACUACGAAUAGUUCUGGAACGUCUUGAUGACCCCACAUAGAAACCUGUAUCCAUUACGCAGUCCCUUGCCAUUCUGCCCUCCCUCCAACUUGUAACCACCAAUCUGCUGUCUGUCUCUCUGGAUUUGCCUCUCACAUCAACGGACUCAGACAACGUGUGGUCUUUUGUGUCUGGCUUCUCUCACUAAGCGUCACCUUGUCACCACUCAUAGCAGGUGUCACUGCUCCAUUCCUCUUCACGGCCGAGUGUGGACAGCCUACGUUUUGUUCAUUCACUCGUCAGGUGACAGACCUUGCACUGGCUUUGGCCCGUGACUGACUUUAUCCCUGGCGGCACGGGAUCUGCCCAGCACUGUACGGGGCGCCUGCCACAGGGUUAGUACUCAGGUGCCAGACAUCAAACGAACAGGGCGGUGGCAGAGCUAGGCCCCCA